AUCCGGAAAAUCGCUGCCGAGUGAGAGCUCUGUUUAAUCUUCCUCCUCUCUGGUCGUACUCUGCUGCAGCAGCGGCAACGCGGCCAGAGCCAUUCUGUCCUGCCUACGAGUCACUGAAGCCAAGGGGUUCCAGAUUCAUCGAAGGGAAACGGGCCUGUGCUCACAAUGACCAACGAGGAGCCUCUUCCCAAGAAGGUUCGCCUCAGUGAAUCUGACAUGAAGACCCUGACCAGAGAGGAGUUGUGUACAAGAUGGAAACAGCAUGAAGCAUAUGUCCAGGUCCUGGAGGCAAAAUAUGCAGAGCUAUGUUCCAAUGAUGUAACAGGGCUGAAGGAGUCGGAGGAAAAGCUCAAGCAGCAGCAGCAGGAGUCUGCACGCAGGGAGAACAUCUUGGUCAUGCGUCUUGCCACCAAGGAGCAGGAAAUGCAAGAGUGCACAACCCAGAUCCAGUACCUCAAGCAAGUCCAGCAGCCGAGUGCGGCCCAACUGCGGUCAUCCAUGGUGGACCCAGCCAUCAACUUGUUUUUCCUCAAAAUGAAGGCUGAACUGGAACAGACUAAAGACAAACUGGAGCAGGCCCAAAAUGAACUGAGUGCCUGGAAAUUUACACCUGAUAGCCAAACGGGGAAGAAACUGAUGGCCAAGUGUCGAAUGCUGAUUCAGGAAAACCAGGAGCUGGGCAGGCAGCUGUCCCAGGGACGCAUCGCCCAGCUGGAGGCUGAACUGGCCCUGCAGAAGAAGUACAGCGAGGAGCUGAAAAGCAGUCAAGAUGAAUUGAAUGACUUUAUCAUCCAGCUAGACGAGGAAGUAGAGGGGAUGCAGAGUACCAUCCUCGUCCUGCAGCAGCAGUUAAAAGACACCCGACAGCAGCUGUCUCAUACUCAGGGGGCUUUGGCUGGACCCAGCAGGACUUCACCCGCCGCUUCCAGCUCAUCCGCUGAACCGUCCACCCAGCCCGAGCAGGCCAGCGCACCCUCUGAACCGAUGGGGAAAGACUACGGGAGGGUGUCCAAUGGACCAAGCAAUGGCAACUCAUCCCAGAGGAGCGAGACCACUACACCCAGCCUGUACCGGGAGGUCAGCAGCACCGAGGAAGACUUUCCCAUGUCCCCCAUGGUCUCCAGCCCAGGUGAAGCUGAGACCAAACUGUCCAACCACUCAGAGGAGGUGUCAGGGAGUCAGACUGCUGCUGGUAGAGUUGGAGGACCUGUGGGUUUCGGGAGCCAGCUGAGUGCAGGGUACGAGAGCGUGGACUCUCCAACAGGCAGCGAGACAUCAUUGACUCAGCACUCGAAUGAUACAGACUCCACCACCGACCCCCACGAGGACAAGGCUGCCCUGGUGACCAAGGGCACCAGGACUGCAGGGUCACGGCACGCUCAGAAUGGCCUGGACUCCAGCACGAGCGACAGUGCGGUUUUGUAAUGUACUUUGACAUGUACUGUCUUCUCCUUUUUUUUUUUUUAUACAAUAUACAAACAAGGCAACAAAUGCAUAGUCUGUAAUACAGCACUGCUGUCCAAGACAUUUUGUUUUCACCCUCCUCCCCUUUGCCUAUCGUGAUGCCUCUGUCACAUUUGUGUUGCUAAAUGGGGAUAUAACAGGAAAGGGUUAAUGUUAGAUUUGAAUUGCGUGGAUGUAUGAUUUAAAACUAGUACGUUUCAUUCUGCUGUUUAUUUGAGCAUGUCUAUGCUGUUCUCGUUUGCGCUCUUGACACUGAAAUCAGGCAUCUGGUGUUGUAACUCAUCGUCAAAAGUCAGUAAAAUCACUGAAUUACAGUAGCUUUGCAAUACUCAAGGUCAUUUUUAGAUGUUGGCCUGUUUUGUUUUUUUUUUUUUUUUUUU